AUGUCGAACACGAUCGUGGGCGCUGUGUACCAGCAGAUCAUCGACAAGGUGAUUCAGGCCUCGCAGAAUGACUUUGAGGAGUUCGGCGUGGACCAGACGACGCUCGACGAGAUGAAGCAGGUACGUGACAGCUUGGUCGGCUAUCCGGCUAUCGCACCUUCCUUUUCUUCAGCCAUGGCUGCAACGCGCAGUUGCUCCACGCUCUCAACGCUCUUCCACGUCUAUUUUCUUUUCCUCGAAUUAUUCAUCGAUCGUUGCGCUGCGAUGGACGAUGGCGCGAUGCAGCCUGGCUCUGGCGAUCAGGAACCCGGACUGACAUACUUUCAGGGCUGGCAAGACAAGUUGUCUGCUCUCAAGGUUGCGCAGUUCCCAUGGGACCCCCAGCCUGAGCUGCCGCGACAGCCGCCUACAGUCCCGUCGAAUGUCAAGACGGACAAUGAUAUGCCGCCCGUGUCCGCGCCGCAAGACGCGUUGAAUUUCCCUAAUGUGCCUAUCAAAGCUGAAGGAGGUGGUUACCAACAACCUCUUUCAAACUAUCCCCAGGGCCAGACUGCCAAUGGCGGUGGCUACACAGGAGGCUAUGACCAGAACUUGGCCCAGCAGCGAGCGGCGUCUCUCGUGCAGCAGCGUGUGAUGCAGCAGAAUGGCAUGCAGCAGCCUGUCAUGAACUUUCCCAAUGUAGGCCAGCAGCAGCAGAUGCCUCAUAUGCCUAUGCAGGGUCAGCAGGUCCAGCAGGGUCAGCGCAUGAUGGCACCUCAGCAGCAGCAGCAGCAGCAGCAGCAACAGCGUAUGCCUCAACAAAUCCCACAACAGCAACAGCAUCAGCAGCAUCAGCAGCAGCAACGUCCACCCCAACAGGGACAGGUCUACCAAUCACAGGUCGACGGUUCUGGUGAUGCGAUGGCUGAUUGGAAUGCGCUCAAGGCAGCACGAGCUGCAGCUUUGCAAGACGAAGCAGGCCGUCUUGCAGCUGACCAAUUUAUGCGCGCUCGCAUUGACGCUAUGGCUAUGCGUCAGGACAGCGGGUUGAUGGUCCCACUCGACUCGAUGCCGAAGGGCAAGAAGCGAAGGGCAGCAGUACGCGUUCUGCAGGCCGAAGAUGCCGAGGCAUCGCCGAGCGCCCCAGGCCCUGCCCGCUUCGAUGGUGACGACGAUGUAAAGGAAGAGGACCCUGAUGAUGCGAUUAACUCUGACCUCGAUGACCCCGAGGACGAGCUUAAUGACGGGGACAACAGUGAUGAUGAGAUGGUUGACUACAUGCUGUGCACCUAUGACAAGGUCCAGCGCGUCAAGAACAAGUGGAAGUGCACGCUCAAAGAUGGCAUCUUGACUACGAACAAGAAGGAGUACUUGUUCCACAAGGCCAAUGGCGAAUUCGAGUGGUAG